AUGUCACAGCGUUCGCAGAGAGCUGCGGCUGUCCAAGCUAGUAGGGCCAACACCGCCGCCUUGGCAUCUCGUCGACGUAGCGACUCGCAAGCCUCGAUCCAGACCAUCACCUCUCAGCACGUCAAGCCGGAGGAGCGGAGGUACGAGGGAAGGAGCUCCCCGUCUAUGGACGUUGUCAUGCAGCGAUCUAGCCAUCAAGACUUGCGCAGGCCCGACAUGCAGAAUAGCGGCAACGGCGGUUACGGUGGCAACGGCGCCCUCGCAUCGAACGUAUCCGCUGCGCAGGAAGAACCCCAUGAGUCGUCGUACAACUCCACCAUCUUUCCGGCUCACUGGACCGCGCAAGACGAUCCGUCCGCCAUGGGUCCAUUCGCCGCUCAGCCGAGCCCAGCUUCGGCUUACCACACACAGCAGCUAUGGCUCGAGCAGCCUCCGCAUGGCGACCCACACUCUCUCCCCUACUACGACCCUCUUCCGCACCAAGGCAUGUUCGAUCUGCACUACGGCUACGCGACUCAAAGCAACUCGCUCGGUCUCAAAGGAGAGUCGGCGCUCAUCGUCAGCCUGGACGGCGACCUGGAUCUCGGCCAACGCAUGCCGCGCGAGCAGAGAGCCUUUGACAAUCCUUCAUCUGAAGCCUUGGCUCUGCUCGACAACCUCCCCUUCAAGGCAAAUUCGAGUGCGGACAACGACUCGUACGAGGACAGCACCGACUCGGACCUUCCUCCCGAGAAGAAGAAGCUCUCUGCAGCAUUCCGUCCUCGUGGUCGCAAGAAGCGCAACAAGUGUACACCCGAUCAGCUGCGCAGCCUCGAGGCCUUCUUUGAGAAGAAUCGCAACCCGACCGGACGCAUCCGUCUCGAGCUCUCGAGGAAGCUGCGCAUGCCCGAACGUAGCGUACAGGUCUGGUUCCAGAACCGUCGUGCCAAGAUCAAGACGGUGGAGCGAAGAGGCGAUGCCGGCUCCGAUUCCGGUAGGAAGAAGAGCUGCAGCAUCCGACUGAACGACAGAGAUGCUCAUAGCUUGCCUACGGGCGCCAACGAUCGUUCCGCACGCAGCGAUCCGGCCGAGCUAGAGAAAUCCGUCACCGCCAUCCCCACCUCGGCGCUGUGCAUCGGCACGUGGCGACGCGUGUCGCCUCUGAUCUGCUUCUUCUCCCGCCGCCUGCAGUCUCUGACGUGGUAUCUAACCAGCGAGUCGAUCGGCUUCAAGCUUGAGGUGCCAUGGACCUCGAUCCGCAGCGCCUACUUCGACGGUCCCGUCGAUCCGUCCAUCGCUGAACGCGCCGAGGGUGUUCGUGUCCCGCUGGGUCAUUUCGUCAUUGACCUCGAACGUCCACCCACUUUCUUCAUGGAGGUCUUCCGGUCGGCUCCCGUCAAGAAUGGCAUUGACGGCAAGCCCAGGCACAGCUGGCGACAGUGCGAAGACUUCACGGAGGAUCAUCAAGCCAUGACAGUCAGCAGGCACAUUCUCCAUGGACCCUACGAGGAACUGCGAAUUGCGAUUCAGGAGCUGGCGAGCUGCAACGAUGUUCUACGGAGGCUUAUUCAGUUUCGCGAUGAGCAGCAGCGCGCUCUAGGAGCUAUUCCUACCGGGUCAAGCUCGACGGCGGACAACUUUCGCCUUGUCUGCAAUGGUGUCAGUUUGCGUCCUGCAGACGCUUAUGCUCCUCUAUCAGCGGGUCCUCCUCCUCCUGCUCCCCCUUCGAUGGACAUGCGCGCUGUUCCCAUGACUGGUAUGGACCCGUAUGGCAACGGUAUACACAUGUCUAUGUCAGCGUCUGUGCCCAUGUCGACCUCUUCAAGCACUUCGAGUAUGCACAAGGCCACGCACUUGGCAUGGCACAACUUCCGCACACCGACGCGAAUGGGUGCCGACCAUGGCUGGGAGUUCGAUAGCCCUGCCAGCGUCUCGACCAAUCUCUCGGAAGCUUCGGCCGACAGCCAUCAGCGCCAUUCGCUGGGGUACAGCCCGUAUGGCGUUCCCACGUCGAUCGAGGCUAGUCCUCGUUCGGGCUUGGGUAGCUCGAUGGAUAUCAAUACCUUGCGCAUCGACGGUGGUGGUGGCGUCUCGAGCUUUGGAGCUCAGCAGCAUCACAACCUGCCCAUGAUGGGCGACGGCGGCUCCUGUACCGCGCUGCGCGGAUCGAGUUCUUUUGGCGGUUGGGAUGCGCGCCUUGGCCAUGAGCUUUCUUCUUCACAGCAUGCAGAAGAGCCGUAUUCGCUGGCUUCAUCGGGCGUGCUGGAAGGAAGCGGAGUCCACCAUGCGUCUGUACCCAUGACCUCGCAGAACCCUUCCGCUUCGAUGGACAUGAACAACUUCGGCGCUGAGUCUUUCCAUCGCAACGGUUACGAGAGGCAAGGGUACUCGUCCAACCAGAUCACCAUGGCGGAUCCAGCCACUUGUCACCGUCAAGACGGCCAGCAGUCGAACGUCGAGACCUCGUAUCAUCAGGAGCGACGCUUCGAUGGCAAGGAUGUUUCCAACGAGCAUCGUCCCACGAAUGCCGGCUCUCUACUUCUCUCGAGACAAUUCUCGUACGAUGCCUCAGCCGGUCACAAUGCGACUGUUGCGAAUGGCGAAAGGCUCGACAGGAGCGACAACGCGGUGCGUGAAAGCGAUCCAAGCUAUGUCGCUCCCACGCUAGUGCUUCCGACCGGCAGCAGCGGCGGUGGCAGCGGUAGCAGCAACGGAAGCAACAGUGCCAGCAAGAUGACGUCGCUCGAUGAAGAUGCAUUUUGCAGCAAGACGCCUACCUACCGCACGUGUUUUGGUCCCAGCCUGGAAAUGAGCCGAGUAGACGAGGCAAACGAGCAGCAAGGAAGCGGUGGCGAAGAGCGACAUGAUGACGAUGCUACGGGUGGCUACGGAUCGGACCAUGACGAUCACGACGAGCAAGCAGGUCAGGGUCGAGCUCGAUCCAACACGUACCGUCCCUCCGCCCAUGUUUUGGGUCCGCAGCAAUCUACCGAGGGCCAAUAUGGAGGUGGCAGCCAUGACGCGGUCGGUGAUGCAGGUGGUAGCGUCCAAGAUGUCGUCACCGGCAAUGGUGACGAUGAAGGCGCCCGAAGGGCUACCAGCCUGACCAACGCCUCUGCAGUCAUGGAGGGCCAAAACGAAUCGCCAGGUCUGCUGUCCCUCUCAUGCUCUUCACUGUCCUCGUCUCACCACGACAUGGCCAAAGGCAAUCCAUCGCCGAUGUCAACGUCUUCGACGUCCAGCCUCUCAUCCGCUCGUUCGUCCACUGACCAACAGGCCGGUUCCGCUGAUGAGCAGUAA